AUGACCCCCCUACCCAAAGUAUCCACCCUCCUAGCCCUCAUCCUCCCCAUAACCGCAAUCAAAAACCCAAUCCUCCCAGGCUGGAACCCCGACCCCUCCAUCCUGCACCUCAACAACGAAUACUACCUCACAACCUCCUCCUUCGAAUAUUUCCCUGGUCUCCCAAUCUACAAAUCCACAGACCUAACCAACUGGACCCUCCACUCCCAUGCCCUAACAAGACCAUCCCAAUUAGCCCUCUACGGAACUCCAACCGGCGGCGGUAAGACUACACCACAUCCCUCCCCAACACAUAAUACUAACCCAGAUCCCAAAAACAAAGGAACAUGGGCCCCAACCCUCUCCUACAUAAACAACACCUUCUACAUAGCCACCAUGACCCGGUGGACCUACGACCCAGUCGCAAAAGUCUGGCCCCGGAUAACCUGGAUCUCAUCCCCCGAUUUAGAAACCUGGAGUGACCCCAUCUGGGCCGAGCCAUGGGGCAUCGACCCGUCUCUUUUCCAGGACCCUGUUUCCGGUGACGUCUAUUUGAACCUCAUGGCGCCGGAUAGCAAGGAAACUGGGAUCUGGGGCAUUUAUCAAUGUCAGGUGGACCUUGGAACUGGGAAAUGUAUAGAUGAGUAUCGGUCCCUGUGGAACGGGACGAUGUUACAUGAUGUCAGUGCUAGACCGGAGGGUCCGAAGAUGUUUGUGAGGGGGGAGUGGUAUUAUCUGCUUAUUGCUGAGGGUAUUCUUCCUUUCCCUAUUUCUUUGAAAUAUGUUUAG